UUCUUUUUUAAUUAUGAAAAAUGGUAUCAAAAUCCAACAAAAAUAAAGAUUACAAGUACUGAUAUUUAGCAUAGAAAACAACAGAAACUGAAGGAAGAAAGAAACUGAAAAAAAUCAGUGAACAAAAUGAAGAGUUUUAAGAAACUUUUCACAAGUAAAUCAAAAACCCAUAUCCGUGAAUCUAGUUUUAAGAUUGAAGGAAUGGGUUCACUUAAAGUACUAGAUGUCAUUCCUCCUCCGGAAGAAGACUCUGAGAAACUCAAGAAAGCUUUUCAAGGAUUGGGGACAGAUGAGGAAGGGAUAAUUGAGAUAUUAGGACACAGAAAUGCAAGUCAAAGGAAGAAAAUUAGAGAAACUUAUCAGCAGCUCUACAAUGAAAGUCUUAUUGAUGCUCUCAAUUCUGAACUUUCUGGUGAUUUCAGAAAAGCUGUCAUUCUUUGGACAUAUGAUCCUCCUGAGAGGGAUGCCAAACUGGCAAAUGAAGCAUUGAAGUCAAAGAAGAAGGGUGUUAAGCAGCUAGAAAUCAUAGUUGAGAUGUCAUGUGCAUUGUCUCCUCAGCAUCUUGUGGCAGUGAGGCAGGCCUAUUGCUCUCUCUUUGAUUGUUCACUUGAAGAAGAUAUCAUAGCUUCAGUAUCUGCACCCCUCAAAAAGAUUUUGUUGGGCUUAGUAACUUCCUACAGGUAUGACAAGGAAGUGAUGGACAUGGAUGUAGCCAACUUAGAGGCAGAUAGACUACAUGAGGCUAUCAAAACAAAGGAGUUAGUUCAUGAUGAUGUAGUUUAUAUACUCUCGACAAGAAAUUUCAAUCAACUCAGGACAACAUUUGAAUGCUACAAGAAAAAAUAUGGAAAUCCUAUUGACAAGGACAUCAUGAAAUCUGGGAAGGUUGAUUUGGAAGCACUACUGAAAAUGGUUAUUUUGUGCAUAGAUUCUCCAGAAAAGCACUUUGCAGAGGUUGUUGGAACUUCCAUCAUUGGGCUGGGAACCGAUGAAGAUUCACUAACAAGAGCCAUUGUCACUAGAGCAGAAAUUGACAUGAUGAAAGUAAGAGGAGAAUAUUUCAACAUUUACAAGUCGAACCUUGAUGAUGCAGUUAUAGGGGAUACAUCUGGAGAUUACAGAAACUUCUUGGUGACCCUACUUGGUGGCAAGAUCUGAUCCCUUCUGUCAUGUUUACACUUUGAAUUGGAGACCAUGGAUUGUUUGCAUUGGUGGUUUAAUAUGAUUUGUAAUGGGAAAACCUUUCAUAUAAAAAAAAAAAAGAGAGAGAAAACCCGUAUCAAACUCCUAAGUCUCAAUUGUUACUAUCUGUUUUCA